CCCCUUCUGGGCUUUUAGGGCAACAAACGCCCCUUGCUACGACGUUACGCGGAGCCCCGCUCUGGGGACGUAGAGAGGCGUGGCCAAGCGUGCGCGCGACGGGCCUGGGAUGGGUGCGCAUGUGCAGCCUCUGCGGCCAAGGUGGUCGGGAAUACAAGGAGCAUUAGUGAAGUGGAGCUGCUUUAUUCCCUUCUACCUUGGAAGAGGAAGUUGUCUACCUCUUGGCAUCUUUGUUUCUAGGACAUAGCCUCUCUCUCAAGAAUGGAAAAGUGCCCUUGAUGCCUCUCUGGCAUUCCUAUAUUCCUUUUGGACAGCAGCCAGCUGGCCUUCCUUAAUUUCAUGAAGUUUCUGCUUUCUUUUGUUUUUUGAAAGUGAGCAUAAUUUCAGACUUUGGCUGUGGAUCUGUUGCUUAGUGGCAUCAUUGACCAGAGGAAAUGGAGGAAAAAGAACGAUGUGAUAAAUUUCUUCUGGCAAUCUGAUGUUAUGGCCACAUAAAUUGUAAAAUAUUUUUUUCAAGGAGUAACUAAGAUACAGAGGGGUAUAUAUUAAGGACAGUCUCUUGAAAGCGGAGGAAGAAUGACGAUGGAAGAAAAAUGAUUCAGAUCUUUAAAAGUUUCUUAUGCAAUCAUCCAAUAAGACCAACUCUUAAAGCAGCAACAGGCUUGCAGCUUGUGAACUGGAGUUUUCUAUUAAAAAAAAGUUGUCAGUUGCUAUUUGUUUGUGUGUGAGAAGAGACUUUACACAUUUUAUCUCUUCCCAUCUUCACUUCGUACACUACAAAAAAAAUGAGUUGUGUGCCAUGGAAAGGUGACAAAACCAAAUCAGAAUCACCAGAAACACCACAGCUAAUGCCAGUGCAUAUUUAUCAUGAAAAACAACACAGGGAGUUGUGUGCCCUCCAUGCCCUCAAUAAUGUCUUCCAGGACAGCAAUGCCUUUACACGAGACACGCUGCAGGAGAUUUUCCAGAGGUUGUCUCCCAAUACCAUGGUGACCCCACACAAGAAGAGCAUGCUGGGAAAUGGGAACUACGAUGUGAAUGUCAUCAUGGCAGCUCUUCAAACCAAAGGCUAUGAAGCAGUUUGGUGGGAUAAACGUAGGGAUGUUAACGUAAUUGCCCUCUCUAAUGUGAUGGGCUUCAUUAUGAAUUUGCCCUCAAGCCUCUGCUGGGGUCCAUUAAAACUCCCCCUUAAACGGCAACAUUGGAUCUGUGUUCGGGAAGUGGGAGGUUCUUACUACAAUCUUGACUCCAAACUCAAGGUGCCUGAAUGGAUUGGAGGUGAAAAUGAGCUCAGGAAGUUUUUGAGACACCAGCUGCGAGGAAAGAACUGUGAACUUCUCUUGGUAGUGCCUGAGGAUGUAGAGGCACAUCAGAGUUGGAGAGCUGAUGCAUGACCUGCAAACACCUUGUUCUUGCACUACAGUACUGGUUCUUUCCCCUCACCAACUACUUUGUUCUGUGAUGUGGAUAAUAAGUGCUUUAACACCUGUUCCCUGGGGGUUUGGGGUUUGUUUUUUUAUUUGAAGGGUGCAAUAAAAGCAGCCACAAGGUAUUGUCAGAGCCAACAUGAAGAACAGAAACUAGACACUAACUGGGAGAAGAAUCUGCUCGAUGCUGUAUAAUUAAAAUGCAUGAAUAUGCUUUAGGAGUGAGGUAUCAGAAUCCUGUUUCCCUUCCUUCCCAUUAAUCUUAAGGGAUGUUAAACGGUUACACACAAGUCUCCAGAAGUUCCCAAAGCUCCUUUUGGCUGGAGAGUGUGUCUUACCUUUCCUUUGUGGGAAGGCUGGGACCAAGCAUGCUCCCUUCAUAUCCACCCAGAACUAUUUUGAAGAAACUUGCAAACUAUAUGGAACUCACAGGAAACUCUACAUAUUCUUAGCAACAGUACAGAGCUUGGGAGUCUUAAUUGCAGCAAGAGUUGUGGGACAUAUAGGGGGGAAAUGGGACCACCAUUAUGGAAAUCCUGCAGUUUUCUUGUCUUCUGCUAGCCAAUCUAAAUGAGUCCUUUGUUGGUCUGAGCAUGAGAGAGUAGCUGGGUUGGAAGAGGUAAGCAGUAGCUUAUUGAAAAGCCUCACAGGGUUUUUUUUGUUUGUGCAGGAUGAGGAAGGGACUUCGCUGUAGUCUAAAUCCUGUUAAUCCUGUAGUGCAGGCAGACAUUUAUUGAGCAGGGAUUAAAACAAGGGAUAGAAUAAUAAAAUUUAAGGGAAGGCUGGCUAUAUUUUAGCAACCUAAGACUCAUUCUAGGAAACAGUGCUGAUGGAAGGAGUAAUAUGAAAUAGGAUCUAAGGGCUAAAUUUCUGUGGCUCCCAUAGUAGCUGGAAGUGGUUGGGGUAGGUGUUUCAGCAAGUUGGCCAAUGGUAAGAGAUUGUUUCCUGGAGGUAGACUGAGCCACAAUCUUCCAUUGUGGUUGGCAGAUAAACAGUCCUCUGAAUUAAUCAGCUUUGUACUGUGCCACCCUCUGCCCUACACCACAGCAGGAAACUGAAUUACAGUUUUCCAUGUCACCCCGUGCAGGUGUUGCAUGUAGUAUUAUUGUCACAGUCAGUAGAUGAAAUGGAAAAUUUGGGAUGGACUUUUUGUUACUGACUCUGGAUGACUGUUGCAUUUUUCAUUACUAUUGUUUUCUGCCUGCUUCAUCUCCAGUAAUAUUGGAACAGCAGAAAGAGAACCUACAUUUUCUGCAUUUUUCACUGUUGUGGGAGUCUUUGGCCUACCCUUCCUGAAUGUGAGCACAAUGUACACCACCGGCUAAUUCAGCAUUCCAAGUACCUAUGCUAUCCUUUCACACUUUGAUGCAGCAUGUGGUGUCAAGAUAAGAAUAUGAUCUUAUCCUUUGGCCUUUGGACAACCUGCAGACAAUAUACUGGAAACCUAAGUGGCUCUUCUCUGCAUGUACUACAGCCCAAGCCCAAUACAUCUAUUUUUACCAAGCCCGCCCUCCUCCUGGACUACACAUUCCAAUGACCAAAACCAGCUGGCAGAAUUUGUACACACCUACCCACACUUUCCACCAGCAGAACAUCAGGCUUGCAGUUCUGCUUCUUACCUGAAGCCAUUUUUUGAAGAGCAUUUUUAAAAACUCAGCAGGAAAGACUAUGCUCUACGCUGACUAAACAGCACUUUGGAGAGACCCUGUUUGCAUGGAAAUCAAUGGACCAGUGCACAAUAUGCAAAUAUCUUUUUAAAAAACUUAAGGCUGUUUCUCUUCUCUGUAUUUUUGCCAUUGUUCUGUUCCUAGGGAAAGUGGUGUGAUUCAGCUGCUCAGGAAAAGGGAACAUGUGAUCACCCACACCCCUCUGGACAAGAGUUAUGGUAACAGAAAAAGGUACUAGCCCAGUCCCAUUGCUUGGGAAUGGAGAAGCCCAUAAUCGUUUUCUUGCUUGUUUGGUUUUGUUUUGUUAUAGCCUUGUCCUGGGUUUGUUUACAGAGAUGUAUUUUGUUUAACCAAAUAUUAAAAAUGAAAAAAACUUUCGUGUCUUGUCACUUUCUGUUGCACUGAAGUGUCCUGUAAUGAUGCAUGUAAAGCCAAAAUAAACAUUGGUAUGAA